UUCAAAAGAGUUUUCGGGGAUGACGGGCAAAAAGUUCUGAAACCGGGAACCUGAAAAUUCCUCAGAACCCAGCAUUAUGCUAUUUUGGUAAACACAAAGGAUCGAGUCCUACUUCUGCAACCUCUCACAUCGACCUUGCGGCUCUGUCUUUCUGUCGCAUGCUGAACAGCCAUGUCCUUGUCUAUCAUUGCAGUGGAUGACUUUGACCCUUUGAUCGGGUAUUCGAACUAUGAUGAUUGGUCCACCCCCGAUCCUCAAGAUCAUCCAACAUGGUGGAAUGCGACGAGCGACGUGACCGGUGUACCGUGGUAUGAAGCAACCUACCACUACACCACGGUCAAGGGCGCGACGGUCUACUUCAAUUUUACAGGUUCAUCCCUCGCCAUCUACGGUGCCAGUGGACCAGAUACUGCCAAUUACACCAUCAAGAUCGAUCCUGAUCUCCCUCAACCUUUCUCACAGUCAUACUCCACCUCCAAUGCCACGGGCAACGGGAGGACUUUGCUGUAUUCUACGGACCAGUUGGCCUACGCAGCACACCAGGUCCAAAUCAUCAAUGACGGAUCGGGUCUACUCCUCGACAUGAUCGAGUUCGGGGUCGAGCUUGCUGCGGAAGGGACAACGACCCGGGCAUACAGUAUUCGGCAAACUGGACCGAGCAGAGCGGACCAAACUUCUCCGGCGGUACAUCCCAUUAUACGCAAGGCCCAGGCAACUCGUGGACCUACUCAUUUGAGGGCUCCGCGAUCUGGAUCAUUGGAGAUCAAGUCAACGAUCACGGAUUCUACUCCGUUUCCCUGAAUGGGUCUGAAACACCGUUCGCGACGUACGAUGGAAGAUCAGGAUGUGGUGGAGGAUAUCAGAAAUACUGUGAAAAGCUCCAUGGAUUGAUCGGUUUCAUUGGAAACCUACCGCCUGGAAGACAUAAUGUGACAUUGGAGAAUCUUGGACCGAGCGAUGUGAACCGGACAUUUGUGGACUUUGACUACCUUGUCUACGCCACGCCUGACCAGUAUCC